GCGUAGCAUGGCUGAGUUCAAUUCCUCCACUCUUAAAACUGGCUGGUAUUGUUCUCACUAGCUCCGUCUAAAACUCCCUGUUGCUUUUGUAAAAUGGCCACCUGCCGGUUGAAAUCCUAUCUAUGUUGUCGUUGCUAUAGUGGUCAGUGCCCUUAGUUACACCUAGCUACGUCACGGGCAUGCCACUUAAACUGAGAGAAACAUUCAUGUCAACUACACAAGCAACUGGCGGGAGGCAGACCAGUUUGCUAUUUACAAGCUUGACGGAGGGGUUGAACAAGGGUCUACUGAGUAGCAACUCCAGCUUGGUGGUCAAAACGGGACUUGAACCCGCGACAGCCGCAUUUCAAGUCAGGCGCCCUAACCACUCGGCCACGCUGUCUUCUCCACUCCCUAUGUUUGCUUCUUUUCGUACAGUGAUUUAUUUCAAUGUUUAUUGACGUUGGCCAGUAAGGUAUUGACACGUGCAUGUCGUUGUUUCCGUUUCAUUUCAGGUGAUAAACGCUGGCCACUUCUGGGCUCAGAAACCUGACAGCGAGUCUGCGAGAAAGCUACAAAUGUUGCAAGAGAAUAUUAACAUGUACGAUGGUAGAAACCUAGAGCGCAUUGAAAAAAGGGACCUCUCUGUUGGCACACUAUGUCUGGCUUUAUACGCUGAAGAUGAAUUGUUCUACAGAGCCAGAAUCCUGGCCAUCCAUGAUGGAAAAUUUCUUAGUGUGGAGGUUCUUUACCUGGACUUUGGCAACGAAGGAGUGGUCAAGCUUGGUCAUCUGAAGAAAAUGAAGAGGGAAUUUAUGAACCUUCCUUUUCAGGCAUUUGAGUGUAGACUAUGUGAAGUUGCCCCCAUGCCCUUUGCCCAUUGUCCUGUGGGCGCAUGGUCUCCCAGAGCCACUCAACGGUUUAUACAGCUUACAGAAAACAAGAAACUAGCUGCUAAGGUGUACUCCUUGGUCAGGAACGUGCUUAACUUGGAUCUGUACGACACCAGCACUGAGGAGGACGUGCACAUCAAUCAAGUGCUCAUAGACGAAGGUUUUGCUCUAUUUCAAGAAGAGUCUCGAGCAUCCAAGAUGGCUAACCAGAAUGCUUCCUCUGGUGAGGGUGUACCAGCUGAUGACAACACAGCCUGGAUUGAUCCAUGGAUUGAAAAUGAGCCUGAUCCUCGCAAUGAUGUUGUAACCAAGGUAACUCUCCGAGGACCUGAGAGUCCCAUUGAAAUGGGUUUCUACAGUGUGACCAACAUAGGACGGCUGAAGUAAGAAAGUCUGCGUGUUGCUAUCCAUUGUAUUUACAUGUUUUCCGCCUCCGCGAAGCUAGAGGGGGGCGCAGUGGCCUAACAGAAAACGAGCUGGACUACACACUGAGAGGUGUUGGCUCGACCCCUGGCCGGGGACAUUGCGUUG